AUGACGACUGCCCCGAGAGCCAUCCGUAAAGUCUUCCUCGCGACUGAGCAAGCCGAGGGCGCUGGUGCUCGAGUGCGCCGUUCCAUCGGAACACCACAGCUACGCAACUUCUCGCCUUUUCUGAUGCUCGACCAUUUCAGCAUCAAGCCCGGUGCCGGGUUCCCCGACCAUCCUCAUCGUGGACAAGAAACCAUUACAUACCUCCUCACUGGCGGCGUUGACCACGAGGACUUUGCUGGUAACGCUGGCACGAUCGAGGCAGGCGACCUGCAGUUCAUGACGGCCGGAAAGGGAAUAAUUCAUGCCGAGAUGCCGCGACAGAAUCCAGAUGGGAGCGCAAAUGUUGGACUGCAGUUGUGGGUCGAUCUGCCCAAACACUUGAAGAUGUGCGAGCCGCGCUAUCGUGACCUGAGAGCCAAGGAGAUCCCCCAAGUCGACAUUGAUGAAGACAAGGUGCAUGUCAAAAUAAUUUCGGGCCGGGCGGCUGGUGUCGACAGUGUCAAGGAUCUGGCUUACACGCCAGUCUGGAUCCUAGACAUUGAGAUCAAGCCUGGGGGCAAGAUUGCGCAGCCCCUGCCGACAGGUUGGAAUGCGUUUGCAUACACGCUCGAAGGCGUCGCCAACUUCGGGUCUGGAAAGGACGAAAAGAGCGUGGGCCAAUAUCAUAACGUUGUGUUCGAGCGAGAGGGCGACUUGGUAGAGAUUUCUGUGCCAGAAGACGCCAAGAGCAGUGCGCGGUUCGUGCUGGUCGCCGGCCAAGUCCUUGAACAGGAGGUUGUCCAAUAUGGCCCAUUCGUACUGAGCAGUAAGGAGGAAGUAUACCAGGCUCUUUUCGACUACCAAACUCACACAAACGGUUUCGAAAGGGCAAAGGAUUGGCAAUCCGAGAUCGGAAAGUCCAUGGUGCAAUAA